CGCCCUUCAUUGCGAAACGUCAGAGCCAUUUCCUUCGCACCAUCAAAAUCAUCACCUUGAUCUCCAGCGGCUGCCAAUAUCCGCUUGUCCUUCUCACCAACUGCUUUGACGUCUUCAUGCUGCCACUUGGCAAGCUCGGCGUAAGCGUCAUUGACCAAGUUCCAAUCAUUGUUGGCAGCGAUCUCGUUCCUGAGCUGGGUAUGAUCUUUGAGACCCUUCAUCCAGACGCUGAGACUGUAGAAACCACUAUUAAGAACGAGUUUGAGACCGUAAUGUAGGAGGCUAGGUCGUUCCGCUGCCCAGACUUGCCAUGGCCGGAAUGGAGUUGAGCCAGUGACAAAUGCCGAUUUAACGAGGUCUGGAUGUCGGCGGAUUAAUUCCAUCGUGGUGAAGCCGCCCAGUGAAAGGCCAACAACGUGCGCUUGUCCACCGUGAGCAUGUUUUCGGAUAAGAUGCGCGACAGAAUCUGCGGCGAGCUCAAUGGACCAUGGCCCUAUUUCUCUUGACUGAGAGUGUUUUGGGAGAUCUGGGACGAUGAGAUGGUAGUCGCUGAGGUGGGGAAUAACGUGCUCCCAUUCGAGGUUGCAGCUGAAGAGCCCAUGGAGUAAGACGAUCGUCGUCGGAGAGGCGUCAUUAUAUGACUUGAAAAAAAGCUCUUGUUGAAAUGUAGAUGCUUGCGACAUGAUUGCUGAGGUUCACUCUUAACGACAGAUUAUCUGCAGAAUGUUAUUCAGUCACAUCAUGGUGGUUGCUAGGACUUCAGUUGAGCUGCGCCACUGAAUUGAAUCGGCUAAUAUUUAUCCGAACGCGGCAUCCCAAUUGUUCUGCCCUGGACAAGUUUGCCUGGCAUAGCUCAAAACGACCCCGAGCGAGAAUGAAUCUGCAGGUACCAAAGGGAUUAAGCGAUGAUAAUUGUGUUGGACACUCUGGCCUCAGCAGCAUGUCAUAUCUCGAAGGAUUCAUGGAGGGUCGCUUGCGCGUCUUCGCGUCUACCAACACGUUCAGCUAAUUAAAAUGGUCCGAUUAAUCUUCGCACCUCCCAAAAAAUGAUUUUCAUUCUCUGCUUGACUUCUUUCUCUUUGUAAUGAAAUUGCUCACAAUGUCUUCUUGACAAUGCAGCGUCGUACAAGUCGCAGUCAGGAACCGGGCUACGAAAUGGAUACAGAGCCCCCUGCGCCCACUAAACCCACUGAAACAACACUGCAGAGCAGAGGAUCGGCGCCAAUUCUCCACAAUGCGGCCUCCCCUGAAGUAGAUCCGAUGGAGAACAACGACGAUAAGAAAUAUCUUACAGGUUGGAAGCUUCAUUCUUUGAGCGCAGCGCUUUGGAUCAGUCUCUUCUUAUCAACACUCGAGACAACCAUCGUCAGUACAUCGUUGGUCUCCAUAACCAAUGCCCUCAAUGGCUUCAUCCUUCGUGAUUGGAUCGUCACAUCCUACUUGUUGACAUAUACCGGCUUUUUGACUAUUUAUGCCAAGCUUAGCGACGUUUUCGGGAAGAAGACGAUGCUUUUGCUUGCACUACUCAUUUUCACGCUGUUCUCUGGUCUUUGUGGUGCUGCAAACAAUGUCGUUGAUCUCAUCAUCCUUCGAGCGUUCCAAGGCAUUGGCGCAUCAGGCAUCUAUGCCAUGAUUCUCGCAAUCGCUCCGAGCUUAGUGCCGAUCAGCAAAUACGCAAAAUACAUGGGCGUCAUGUCGACAGUCUUCAUCACCGCAAGCGUUCUGGGCCCUAUCUUGGGAGGUGUGAUUAGCCAGCAUUCAACCUGGCGUUGGGUCUUUCUUCUCAAUCUUCCGGGAGGAGCCAUCGCCUUUGUUAUGGUUUGCUUCUUCCUACCGGCUUCCGAAGAAUCAUCCAGCCUCUCCCUUCUGAAAGUACUGCGGUCAAAGGUUCGACGCUCGAACUGGGUCAGGAUCGAUGUGCUCGGAAUAAUACUCCUCCUUGCAGCCUCAGUUCUCCUCGUAUUCGCACUUGAGGAGGGAGGUACUCGAUACUCAUGGGGCAACGCGAUUGUCGUAGCCACCCUGGUUCUGGCAGUUGUGCUCUUCAUCGCCUUUGGUUUCUGGGAAGUCUACGUUGAAAAGUCGCCAAACAGGCAAGAACCUGUGUUCCCGCCGAGUAUUUGCAAGGAUAGAAUCUCAAGCGCCAUGCUACUGACCACUUGCUUCGUUGGCUUCCCUUUCGUCUCGAUGGUCGUCAACAUUCCGCAAAGGGCGCAAGCAGUGUAUGGAAUGUCACCAUCUCGCGCUGGCAUCAUCCUACUUCCCAUGAUGCUAACUUCUCCUGCUGCAACUGUUCUUUCAGGUUACUUGACUGGAAACGCUAAGGUGCCACCCGCAUACCUGAUAAUUAUCGCUGCGGUGCUACAAGUCUUAGGCGUCGGCUUGACAUGCUCACUGUCCACAGAUACAACUGACAUGCCAGAUGCUCAGUACGGAUAUGAGGUGUUGAUGGGAGUUGGGUUCGGUAUGAGUCUGGCUACCAUCUUGACUUUUGCUAGAGUGGUGGUUUCUGAAGCAAAUCUGCCUGUGAUGAUGGGCGCAUUGACUCAGAUCCGUGUUCUCGGUGGCACAGUCUCACUCGCAAUCUGCGCUACGCUUCUCAACAAUCAUCUGAAACCGAAGCUGCACGACCUUGUCUCUUCGGAGCAGGCAGCGGCUAUCCUUGACUCCGUAUCUGCGAUAGAUGAUCUAGAACGGUCCCAGCAGCUAGCUGUGAGAAAGGCAUUUGCCGAAGGUUACAACCUGCAGAAUAUCUUCAUGACAGCCAUGUCUGCUGCUGGUUUGAUCGCUUCUUUAUUCUUGUUGGAGAGACAUCCACGUAUAGCAAAGUAG